ACACUAUUCAUCAAGUACGACGCACCAAGAAGCGACACCUCAGUUUUAUAGGAUGUUCUUACCAAUUGGAGCAGCUGUGUUAACAGCGCAAAAGAAGAGUAUAAAAGUCUGUUGGGCGUUUCGGCACUGUGCCAGUUUGAUUUGCAAAGACCUUCUGCAGCUUAGACCAUGCUAAUGGCGCUCAGGUAUUUGUGUUUAGUGUUGUGUUUGGCGUUGUUCGUGACGGAAGCUGAUGGAUGCAAGGAGUUUGUGGCGUACAGACGAACCGUCACCUUCUUCCAAGCUUUUCAGCAGUGUCGCCUGUUCGGGGGAUAUUUGGCUUUCAUUGAGUCGGCCGAAGAAAAUGCACAAGUUGUAUCGGCCAUCAAGGCUGUUGGAGAUUUUACCAAGGAAUGGUACAUCGGUGCUACCGACUUGGGCAACGAGGGUAACUUUUUAUGGUUCGGCGUGAACAAGAAAGCUACGUACUUAAACUUUGUCCAGGGCGAACCCAACAAUAGCGGUGGAACGGAGCAUUGUGUCGUAACAGCAUCAGGCAAAUGGAAGGAUAUGUCUUGUGAUUAUAGAGCCAUGGGAUUCGUGUGUGCCCACAUCCGUCAUUAAAUUAUUUGUUUAAAAAUAAAAACUAUUGUUAAUACUUCCAACUUAUUCAAUCAUAAGCAAGUUGACAGAUUGUACUCAAGAAAUGAUCAGCCACGGUUAACUAA